ACUGGGAGAUAAGCAAUCAUUUCUGAACGAUUUGACGACCCUGUGGCUGCAAUCGGGUGAGGUGAAGAGCCAGCGUCUAGGGGACACGACAUAUGAUGGUCCAGGAGCCUUUGCUUCUUUAGAGUGUGUACUUUGCACUUACAGCUGCAGCUGCAUGCUAGGUGUUUCUUGGCUGAUUUAUCAGUAUUUUAAUUGCUGCAAAUCUAGCAACUUUCUGGGCAGGUCCAUAUCUCUGUUCAUCCAUGGUCUGCAAGUUUUGAGGCAUCACAUGUCUCAGCUAUUUCUUGGCAUCUUCCUUGCAAUUUCCAAUGGGCCUACAGCCUUAUUUUUUUCUCUAAUUUGAGUUACGGUAUGCAUGUUUUAUUUGAAAUUUUUGUUUAUUUGGACCUCCAUAACAUGAACAUAACUAGACGCAUCAAAUUCUUUACCAAGAGCUCAUUCGGCGCCAACUGUCACUGACCUGAUUUCUGAACAUUUCAGGUUUGCUAACGAACUCAUGUAUAAUUCGACAGUUUUGUCAAUGAGCAGCCUUUCUCCAAAUGGUAGGCUCUCUUCUCCAUCUGUGGUUUACAUAAACAUCAUCCUUUUUUCUAUGUCUCUGCAGAUGGUAAUCAGGAGCUUCAAACAGCAACCCCCUGGCCAACUCCCAGAUUUAGUGCCACAUCAUAGUGGCAUGGCAUUAGGCAUCACUAUGGAGCAGAGGAACAGCGACUCCAUUUCGGCAGAGGCUCCAUGACUAGCUGAUAACAAAAAAUCGGGUCCAAUAGAAAUCUCAUCAAAAUCAUUUAUCACAUUGUCUGCAGAGAGGAACGGCGACUCCAUUUCGGCAGAGGCUCCAUAACUAGCUGAUAACAGAAAAUCUAGUCCAAUAGAAAUCUCAUCAAAAUCAUUCAUCAUAUUGUCUGCAGAGAACACUCAUGACCUGUCUCCUGCCCUGUCUACCCCACUGCUAUUGCUGAUAGGUACACACAACCAACACAAAUGCACUGCCGUGAGCCCUCUUUUCCUUCUGCUAUAAAUCCAUGGCCUGCUCGACCCAACCUUCAUCAUCUCCUGCAAGCAGCAGCAUCUACACCACAUCCUUCGGAGUUCAGACGUUCUGAGCGAAGUGAAAUUUAGCUAGCCAGGAACUCAUAGAAUAUAUCAAUCAUGAUCCAUCCAAGGAAGCUUGCUCAGUUGGCCAAGAAGUGGCAGAGGAAGGUGGUGCCCGGAGCUGGUGCUCAGCAGGCUGACGACGGGUGCUGCAGCACGGCGUUGGUCGCUGACAAGGGCCACUGCGUGGUGUACGCCGCUGAUGGGGCACGGUUUGAGGUGCCGCUGGCAUACCUUGGCACGACAGUCUUCAGCGAGCUCCUACGGAUGUCUGGGGAGGAAUUCGGCUUCGCAAGCGGCGCCAGUAGAAUCACGCUGCCGUGCGAUGCCACAUCGAUGGAGUACGUCAUGUGCCUGGUCAGGAGAGAGGCCUCCGAGGAGGUCGAGAGGGCGUUCUUGAGCUCAAUCUCUGGGCAUUGCGUGGCGCCAUCGAUGGGACUCCACCAUCAAUUUGCUCUCUGCACAUAGCUUAUAUACUGAAAAUAAAUUAGUACACCUUUUGUAGAGUUGCCAGAACUUUGUAUAACCUGAUGUGAGGUUCUAUUAAUUGUCACAGAGAUGUCUUUUCUAAGAGAGAAAUUUAAUCAUAGCCAUUCCGAAGUCCAAACACAUUCUUUGUUAUAAUUCUCAGUGUACUGAAGAAAGUCAAAAGGAAUUCGACAGGAUGAACAAAUGGCCAUUCUUAAA